CAGGAGCCAGCUCUCUACUAUGCCAGGCUACUAUUUACAGCUGGGCACCUCCUCGAGACAGGAGUCGUUCGCCCCCGACUCUGCGACGUGCUCAAGCAGAAGACCACUGCUGCCGUUCACGACAGUCUCACAAGCGAUCGCCAUGCAUCCAACGGCUUGAUCCUGGCAGUCGGAAGUCUCGCAUUUUAUGAGAGCAUGUAUGGUAGCGAGCCGCAGAUCGUCCACCAUCUCCAUCGUCCUGCGCAGAGGCGUAUGAUCCAGUUCCGCGGUGGCCUGGAUAGCCUGAACUUACCAGAGAUCGUGAAGGCCGCUAUGAGAUGGGAGGAUGCAGUCAUGACACUGCAG